AUGAUCCAGGCGGCAAGCAAGCCAACGAAGACGAGCUUUGACGUCCUCGGCAGCGCGCUGGCUACGCUCAACGUCGCCAUGACGUCGCACUUCAUUUCCGAUCACCUCGACAUCAUGCCAUCGAUGGCGUUGGCCCAUUCGCUGCACGCGACAUUGAUGACCGUCGGCUGGGAACCGUUGGCACGAGCGAUGACGACCAUGCUCACUCGGUGGCACAAAUACACUUCGGACCGUCCGCUCAGCCACAGCUUCCGCCUCGUCGCAAGCUUGGCCGGCGUCGCGGAUCAUCCCGUCUGCCCUCGACUGGACCUUCCAUUUGUGUCGGAGCUCAUCAAGCUCUGCUGGCCUGUCAACUCAAAAGACCUUCUCGCCCCGGGUGACGUUAAGGACACUGCCAUGACGCGCGCGGGUUGGUUCACGAACAAGCUGCCGACGAUCUUGUGCAUCGAAAUCGACACGUACCUCCUCCCGGCGAGCACGAUCGAGCAGCACAUCGACCACUGGAUGCGGCGCGAACCGUUCGACGUCGUUGCGCCAUCGUUGGUAAGCGCAACGAAGCGCAACCCGCAGCUGCGCAUCAACAAGAACCGAGCGGCGCCUGCCGGCGCGCUUGCCAGCAUCUCCGCCAAAAACAUGCGCAACGUGUGGGGCGUUGCAAGCGCUUUGGCACUGGUAGCACAGCCAUGGCCAACGACGUUGCUUCAGAGCCUCUGGGAGAAGAUGGGUUUGGCGUUGCUCCCGGCCUUUGAAGUGCCGCGCUACCAGGGCCGGUUGUUGGCGCACAGCUACGGAGCGUCCUCGCUGCUGCGAGGCCCAGUGCACGCAUGCAGCUCGACCCGUCUCGUCCUCGACGCCCUCGGAUACUUUCGCCUGUACGACGCUGAGAAGCGGUCGGCGUUUGUCGACGCCUUUCUUGCUGCAACGGCCUCAAAGCUCGAAGCCAACGCCGUCUUCCGCAACCUUGAGCUUCAGUAG